AUGCGAGGGCUCUCUCCCUCUCUCUUUGUGAGCGAGAGAAAAAGUUAUCCACCAAGACGAAUAUGUUUUGUUUUAGUACGAUUCCGAACAUUCACAUUUUCGCAUUCACGACAUUGGGAACACUGUUAUCGACGUCUGGGUCUUAACCAUUUGCUAUUUCUUUUAUUAGCUUCAUUUGUAGCAUCUGUAUUUAGCUUAGAGUUCUCUUCCACGAUGUCCAAAACUUCAUCGGACAUAAAAUUAACGCGAAAGAAAAUUAGUUUAGAAACAAAACUUAAAGUUUUGGAUCUACUUGCCACGGGAAGAGGCACUUCGGAAGUGGGUAGACAUUUUGACCUCCAUGAAUCAACCAUACGAAAUAUCAGAAUAAGGGAAAAAUCCAUUAGAAAAUUGGCAAGUUUUUCAACGGAAAGUAGCGUUAAAUCCAUUUCUUACACCAGAGACAUUGUCGAAAGCAAAAUGGAGAAGAUUUUGGCAAUGAGUAUUGAAAAGAUGAUGCAACAGGGAAAGCCUAUCAAGACCAGUACAAUUAAGCAAACUGCUGUAGAUAUUUAUAACCGGCUGAAAGACCAGGAACCUGCCUCAAAUCGAUCGAGAAGCAGAGGGUUUAAGGCCAGUAAUGGAUGGCUAUACAGGUUUCGUCGUCGGCAUAACAUUCAAGUCAAGCCAGAGGCUGAGUCUGACGAGGACAUGGUGGACAGUGAGUACUGUGAAGGAAAUGAAACGAUUAAAGAAGAACCAGAGUCUGAUUUGAAUACUCAACUUAUUAAAGGUCUUCAUCUUGCCCAGAAAUUGGGCAAUUAUUUUGAACAAAAUGAUCCGGAAAAAGAUCGUGCUGUAAAAUUUCACCGACAAUUGGAAUUGUUGAUGGCACCGUAUCGUGAAUUUUGUAAAGAUUUAUCAAAAAAUGCUACCAACUCUUCGUUAAGGAAUGAUAUCUCAUCAAAAUCUACAUCGGAACAGACUGUUAGUGCUAUACCAGAAUCAAAUUUGCUAGAACUUAAGCCUAAUUCAAAUGCGAGCUACAUUUGUGAGCAAAAAAUAAUAAAAAUAGAAUCAAACUGCUAAAAUACCUAUACCAACAUAAAAUGUUUUUUGAAACAACUCUAGUUUAGUAAAAAAUGCGGGUUUAAUACCCGGCCUGGAUCCGGACCCAAUUACCCGAUAUAGGCAAUAUAGGUAUCGUUGGAAAGCUUAUGAAAAUACCAACAAGUGGUCACAUUAUGGG